UAGUUUUACCGUUCUCGAAUCCCUAUCUCUAUCUGUCUGCUCUCUUCCUCAAAUCCCUUGUCAGUGGGGAAUUGAAUUGCAGUAUGUAUGUAUACCCGAACCUAAUAGGAAUCCUCAACCAUAAUAAAAGCCUUACCAGCCGUGAGAAUCACCAUUCCAUUGUUCCGAAAUCUAAUUUUUCUUUUCUUUUCAAACUCAAUCUUAUCUCUCGGCAUUUCUUCUCUCAUGGCUGAAUUGGAAAAUCCCCUCCUCAAUGAAUUCUGUGCUGCCGACACUGGCGUCGCCACCUUCCAGUCACGCCAAGGGCCCGCCCCCAACGCCGACCAAUGCCUGAAACAGAGCCUUAAUGGUUGCAAAAGGUUCAAUCGGAACAGAAUUGCCGACAAUGGAAUUCAGAAAUCUAGUGAUCCUAAACAAGUUGCCAGAUCUGCAAAGAUAUCAGAGCUGACCACCAAUACUCUUAUGAGCUCUAAAGGCUCCAUGAAGCUUCCAUCUGGAUUUGUUGAGCAGAAGCAAUUCAAGGCGAACACGAGUCAUUGCAGGUUUAUGAGAUGCGAUACUGCUACCAAAGCAAGGAAGAGAACCCAAUUGUCUCUUGGAUUGCCGACCUCUAGUAAGUUAAAAAGAUCAAAGAGAUCAUCAUCAACAGAAAGAAGAACAUCAAUUGAUGAUCUAUCUGACGUUAUAUUGGCUGAAAUCCUUUGCCGACUUCCAUGCAAUAAAUUUGUUUUUCAAUGCAAGUCUGUGUCUAAGCAUUGGUGCACUCUCAUCGCAGAUCCUUAUUUUAUUGUUGUUCCAAACAUUCUUGCCCAAGGGUGGAGGCCUCCAAUGUCUAAUUAUGUGAAAAUUAAUUUUGAUGGAGCAUGGAAAAAGGACUCGCAUUUGGCAGGUCUGGGUGUAGUUGCUAGAGAUGCUAUCGGAUCCUUUUAUGGUGGUUUGGCGACUCCGUUCCAUUGCAACUUGGCUCUGGUUGCAGAGGCUGCUGCUUGCCUUUGUGCUCUCAAGUUUGCUCUUAAUCAUAAUUUCACCGACAUUAUCUUUAAGACAGAUUCGAAGAUUUUGGUGGAAGGAGUUAGAGGUGGAGGAAAAAAUGGUGUUUGGGCUAUCCAACGACUUCUGGAUGAGUUUAAGAUCUGUUUGUUUUAG